AUGUAUCUUGUAAAAGCCAGAAGGAUUUUUCUUGUCGUCAUUUCGGCAUUCUUGCUGGUUUUAGCGAUAUUUUACGUUAAAAAGCGAUUCUAUUAUCCAAGUGGAUCUUCGGAUCAGCCCAUCAAGGGUAAAGCAGAUUCUUUGACAUACGGGUAUGCUGAGCUUCCAAAUGGCCUGAAGGCACUAGUUAUCCAUGACCCUACAGCAGAAAAGGCCGGAGUGGCGAUGAGUGUUAAUGUCGGAUCUUUUUGGGAUCCGCCAGAAUAUCCAGGAUUGGCCCAUUUUCUGGAGCAUCUAUUGUUCAUGGGGACGGAAAAAUACCCAACCGAAUUAGAAUACCAGGCUUUCAUAUCCGAGCAUUCUGGUUCAUGCAACGCGUACACCGCUGGAGAGAAUACGGUCUAUCACUUUUCGAUAAAUGCAGACUUUCUGGAGCCUGCUCUUGAUCGGUUUUCGCAGUUUUUCAUCGCACCGUUGUUUCUUGCCUCUUGUGUUGAUAGAGAAAGAAAUGCCGUCAACUCUGAAUUUCUCCUUUAUCUUCAAAAUGAUGCCUGGAGAUAUCAACAUGUGCGUAUGUUUCUAGCUAACCUUUCUCACCCGUUUCAUAAUUUUAUUAUUGGCACAGAAAAAACGCUUACCGGAAAGGAUGGCGUAGAUAUUCGUGACGAAAUCAUAAAGUUCUACAAAAAGUAUUACUCUGCAGAUCGUAUGAGGCUCGUCAUUUUUGGGAAGGAGCCGAUCGCGGACCUUGUCAAAUAUGUGAACAGCAAAUUCUCUGAGGUUCCAAACUCUUUUGAGCCCUUUGACUACCCUUGGAAGAGCAUAAACCCGAUCAGCGAGAAGAGCUUUGAGUCCAUUACUUGGGUUGACAUGUUGAAAUUCACGAGAGAAAUUGAAUUUAUUUGGCAAAUCCCCGAUCAACUUCCCUUGUACAAGUCAAAGCCUGCUAUCUUUCUCAGUAGCAUCAUUGGGUAUGACGGCGAGGGCGGUUUAUUGUCAUAUCUCAAGCUGAAAGGAUGUGUUACAUCCGUAAGCGUUGGUAUAAAAGACCAGUUAAGCGGAUUCAGCACAUUUGUGAUCUCAAUUGGCUUAACAGGCAAAGGAUUGCUAAAUUAUGAGUUCGUCAUUUCUUCGGUGUUCUCUUAUUUAAAUUUUCUCAAGACGUUUGAGAAGAUUCCAUCCCAUUUAUUUGAGGAAUUUUCUGGAAUUGCUAAGCAAAACUUUCAUUGUGGAGAUAAAGCACAUGCACAUGCUAUAGUCACCACUCACGUGGUUAAUAUGCAACACUUUCCACCGCAAGAUAUUUUAACCGGUCCUAACCUCGUGGAAUCGUACGAUUGCGAUGCCGUUUCCAAGCUGCUACACGAAUUUUUAAUUCCUGAAAAGGUUUCUAUUUUCAUUUUGGCCAAUGGCGAGUCCAUGAAGUGUGAUCCCAUCAAAGACCAAUGUAAGCAGUUAUUUUGUUUUUAUUUUCUUCUAGUUUGCGAUGAUGGCAAACAGCUCUCUAUUACUUUUGAUCAGAAGGAGCCGUGGUUUGGAGCAGGAUAUCAUGUUUCAAAAAUGGACAAGGAAUUUGUUCACUCCCUCAACACGGCAUUAAUGGAUGGCGCUUUUCGUCUUCCAUGUCGCAAUCGAUUUAUUAGCACGGACCUAACCAUAUAUGGGAAGAAGACUGAAUCAGUCACCGAUGUAGUUCCCAAGGAGAUUUUAAAAGAUGUUUGGUUCAAACAGGAUGAUACCUUCAUGCUCCCAAAAGGGGAAAUUAUGCUGAGAAUAAUGAGUCCUCAUUUUGAAUCGAUCAGACAAUAUACCUCGUUGAUGCUUUGGAAUCUUGUUCUGGCAGACCAUUUAUUGAAUAGUUUAUAUCCCGCUGCUCAAGCUGGCCUUUCCUAUUUCCUGUUUACGUCGCCUUUAUUCCAUUGCAUUUCCGUUGGUGGAUACUCCGAAAAGCUUUUUCUUCUUUUAGAUGAGCUUUUGGACCAAGUAAUGAUGAAGACUUGGGCUCCAGAUGCUAGCUCUUUUUCGAUGAGAAAGUCCACGCUUGCAAAUAGUUUGGGAAACACCCACCUUGAACCACCUUUUGCUCAAGGAAAUUACUAUCUUCGCCAUCUUUUAGCCGAAUUUACAUUUGGCAUUGACUCCGUUUUAGCAACCCUGGAGGGUUUGCAGCUAAGCGAUAUUGAUUCUUUGGAGUCCAUUUUCCCGGUCAGCAAGACAGAGCUUCAUUUUGAGGCGCUGGUUCAUGGAAACUUUAAACCCUUUGAGGUUCUCAAAUAUUUUGAAAAGCUUCCAUCAAAGUUCACAGCAUCUGGGUUGAGCGUCAAUCAAAGCAUACCUGCCUCUCGUUCUAAAGUGGUGCAGCUUCCCCGUGGUCAAGUUGUUGGCGCGGUUUCCGCUAACAUGGAUACUGCACUUUGUUUUGCACUUGUCGAUAUACUGAAAAUUUUAUUUUUUAAUCAGCUAAGAACCAGCGAGCAACUGGGUUAUGCUGUUUUUUCAAGUGUUCGUAUCGAUGCGCACGCGAUUGGAUUGCAAUUUUUGGUUCAAUCCACACACGAUCCCUCCUAUUUGUUUACGCGCAUUUUUGCCUUUUUGGAUUCGAUGGUUGGCCACAUUGAGAAAGAUAUGACAGAUGAAGAUAUCGCUACUCAAUUAACCUCUACUCGAAAGUCGAUUUUGGAGAAACCCCUUCUGGGCGAGAUUAUCUUGAACGUUACACGUAGCGAUCUGGUCUCGUUUUUGAAGGAAAAGCUGAUUGAGCCUUCCACGCGCAAAAUGGCGGUUAUUUCGAUGUUUGGAAAAGAUUCACAAGAAACUCUUCAUUCAUUUUCUAGAAUUAUAGAAAAUAUUCAAAAUAAGCCACCAAUUGCGAUUCAUGCCAUGGAUGAUGAUCUUAUUCAUGAGUGGAAAAUGGAGAACAACAAUUUCAUUUUCCCACCUCAAUAA